AUGAGGCUUGUUUUAAUAGGCAGUGCAUUGUGCUUUUUAUGGUCGGAUUUGCUACAGGCCUGGCAGACAACCUACCGAGACGGAGAUAGGAUUCACGAUGCGUUGCUUGCCUAUAAGGGCUCAUUAACGGAACCGAAUAAGAACAAGUUUUAUGAAUUAUCCAGCGAACAGUACGUCUUUGGCGGCUACGAGCCAGAAAAUGGAACUUGUGAUAGUUGUGAUGAUGCGGGAAGGAGAAAGCGUUUAAGUGAUCCAACUUUUCGUGGCAAUCCAAAAACUCGCGAACAAAUUUGGAAUAAAAAUUUCGCUUAUGUGACAAAGAAUGACAUCCAGGUUAAAUCUUUAGUGAAGCUACUGAUUCGGGUGAUUACCAAAUAUCUACAAGCGUGCAUUCCGAUAAUUCUUUUCGAUGGAUUCGUGGAACAAACUGAAGGAAACUUUAUGGAAUCGUUUUUCAAAGAGUUCCCCAUAUCUUAUACUUGCGGAAAGAUUGGAUCGAACUAUACGCUGGAAAAUCCAGAUUUGCUGUUAACGUCCGCUUCCAAAUGCAGAAGUUACAUUCUUUUCCUCUCGGAUGCUAUGAUGACCCGGAAGGUGAUUGGACCUCAACUAACGAAUUACGUUCUUGUCAUUCCGCGCUCCAGCCAGUGGAAACUUCAAGAUUUCUUAUCUUCGAAACAGUCCCGCGAUAUUUUGAACCUGCUGGUCAUUGGAGAGUCAUACUCUAUGUCCAAGACAGCCAACAACGAGUCUCCGUACGUACUGUACACACACGAACUGUACAUUGAUGGGCUGGGGUCCAAUCGGCCUACAGUGUUGACCACGUGGAUGAAUGGGAAGUUCUCCCGGCCGAAUGUGGAUCUUUUUCCGAAAAAGAUUCGUAAGGGAUUUGCUGGACAUCGUUUCACAAUAGCUGCAGCUAACCAACCACCGUAUGUGUUUAAAAUUCUGUCUACAGAUGGGGUUGGUAAUGUUGCAAUCCGUUGGGAAGGACUUGAGAUUCGGAUGUUGAAAACAUUGGGCAAUUAUUUGAAUUUUACCUUCGAUGUUAAAGAACCAGCCAAAAUGGCACUGGGUUCAGGAGAUGCGGUAACUGAUGAAGUUCAACGUCGGCAGGCGGACAUCGGAACCGGGGGUGUAUACGUCACCAUUGAACGGAAUCAGAAUACCGAAAUGAGUGUUGCUCAUUCUAUGGAUUGUGCUGCUUUCGUUACUAUCAUGUCGUCGGCUCUGCCGAGAUAUCGAGCCAUUCUGGGUCCGUUUCAGUGGCCGGUAUGGGUGGCUCUCACCUUCGUUUAUUUGGGAGCAAUCUUUCCGUUGGCAUUUUCCGACAAAUUGAGUCUUAAGCAUCUGAUCGGAAACUGGAGUGAAAUCGAGAACAUGUUUUGGUACGUUUUUGGAACCUUUACUAACAGUUUGACCUUCACUGGCGAAAACUCCUGGUCUAAUACAAAGAAAACAUCGACAAGGCUUUUGAUAGGGAUCUACUGGGUGUUUACAAUCAUCAUAACAUCGUGUUACACGGGAUCUAUCAUUGCUUUCGUGACGAUGCCAAUACAUCCGGAUACGGUUGAUACAGUCGAUCAGCUACGGGACGGUUUCUACCGCGUCGGUACAUUGGAUCGUGGUGGGUGGGAACGGUGGUUUCUAAAUUCAAGCGACAAGACUACGGAAAAGCUGCUGCGGAAGCUGGAAUUUGUGUCCAGCAUUCAGGAAGGAAUCCAGAAUGUAACGGGAGCGUUUUUCAUAUCGUACGCUUUUAUUGGGUCGAAAGCUGAACUGGAAUAUCUGGUUCAGUCCAAUUUUUCUGAUGAGUCCCACAACAAACGCUACUCAUUGCACGUUAGCAAGGAAUGCUUCUCCUUAUUCAGCGUGUCAUUAAUAUAUCCGCCCAACGCAAUCUAUCGGGAUAAAUUUAACAAUGCCAUCCUGUACAUGCAGGAAGCGGGAAUAAUAGGAAAGCUGUCUCGCGACGUCUCCUGGGAUAUGCAGCGAACAAAGGACGGCCGUUUUCGACAAGCUUCGGUAGGGCAAACUCUGCGCGUUCCGACGGCCGGCGAAAAGGGGCUAACGCUUGCCGAUACGGAAGGUAUGUUCUUGCUGAUGGGCAUUGGAUACCUCGUCGGAGUAGGAGUGCUGAUCUCCGAAUGGGUUGGAGGAUGUACGAAUAAGUGCCGCGAGAUUAUCAAGGCACGCAAGGACCGCCGUGGUAGCUCGAGAAGCUCUAUUCCUGAAUCGAAUUCAUCCUCGGCUAAUCCAAACUCACCGAGACGCAGGCGAAGAUCUUCUGGGAAAGAGUACAAUUUAAUGGAGAAUAUCGAUAGCAGUUCGUCUGUCCCUGCGAUGACCCCUAGGGCCGGUGACGACGACACUGGAUCGGAUGUAAGCGCGGGAGGUCUACACAAGCGAAGCUUUUCGGGAAGUGUACACGAGUUCAGCCAGGGUACGCUUCAGGAACUGUAUGAUGGACCGGACCGUAGGCAUUCGACCAUCGUUUGCAUGGACGGGAAGAUGAUGAGCGAUGAGGAAGCACACCGUUAUGCGUCUGGGAGUAAAAAGCUGAAACCACAUUCUAGUCUUGGUUCGGUGGUUGAACACGAAGUUACUAAAUUGUUCAAAUUCCUCGACGAUCAUAAAUUGACUCAUGAAGGUUCAAGUGAGCAUUCGGCUAAGCACUCUAAGAAAAAGAUGGUUGAAGUUGUAGCAGAAGUUAAUCAAUUGGCAGAGGGGGGUAAUCUGGUUGAAGGUUCUGGUGGAUCGGAGACACCCUUUGGCGAGAAAGUAAUGUAUUAGUAUGGAUUGCAGUUGCAUUUUGAAUAUUUCGAAUCGA